CCGACCCGAGGCCGGUGCUGAGGAUGCGGGCCGCCCGGCCAGCCCGCGCGUGAGGAGGCCGAGGGGCGCGCCACCCCGUCCCGGGGCGGCCGCCCCCGGGGCCCUGCCACCCCCGCCCCGCCCGGCGGUCGUGGCCCGGGAUGCGGAGCCGGGGGCCGCCGGUGGAGCUGCGCGGGGUGAGAGGCGCAGGAAAGGGGGUUGCCUGCUUCCCUCACCCGCGUCCCCCACCGGCUGGCCCCGGCAGGAAUUCGGGACCCGCACGGCCAGGCCCUCUUAGCACCCUGUUAUUUGGGGGAGACAGGUGAACCCGCCGCCCUACCCCCACCCCGCCCCUCCUGGACAGCGGAAGCCGAAGGGACGACCCUGCCCUUUUAAAGGCGUUUCUGGCUCCUGAGGAGGGCCCCUAGCCAUGGCCCCCAGGAGCCCCCUAAAACCUGCAGAGACUGCUCCCCAUCGGGGCUGCCGGGGCCCGCCCUCUGCAUCCCGCGGGCAGCCAGUGUGAAGCGGCCUCCCGCAGCCCCCGCCCCUCCCCCAUGGAGGAGGAGGAGGGGGUGGCGGCCAAGGAGUGGGGCACGACCCCCGCGGGGCCCGUCUGGACCGCGGUGUUUGACUACGAGGCGGCGGGAGACGAGGAGCUGACCCUGCGGAGGGGCGACCGCGUCCAGGUGCUUUCCCAGGACUGUGCCGUGUCGGGCGAUGAGGGCUGGUGGACCGGGCAGCUUCCCAGCGGCCGAGUGGGCGUCUUCCCCAGCAACUACGUGGCCCCUGGCGCCCCUGCCGCGCCCGAGGGCCUCCAGCUGCCCCAGGAGAUCCCCUUCCAUGAGCUGCAGCUAGAGGAGAUCAUCGGGGUAGGGGGCUUUGGCAAGGUCUAUCGGGCCCUGUGGCGUGGCGAGGAGGUGGCCGUGAAGGCCGCCCGUCUGGACCCUGAGCGGGACCCGGCGGUGACAGCAGAACAGGUGCGCCAGGAGGCCCGACUCUUCGGAGCCCUGCAGCAUCCCAACAUCAUUGCCCUCAGGGGCGCCUGCCUCAGCCCCCCUCACCUCUGCCUGGUGAUGGAGUAUGCCAGAGGGGGUGCACUGAGCAGGGUGCUGGCUGGUCGCCGGGUGCCCCCUCACGUGCUGGUCAACUGGGCGGUGCAGGUGGCGCGGGGCAUGAACUACCUACACAACGACGCCCCUGUGCCCAUCAUCCACCGGGACCUCAAGUCCAUCAACAUCCUUAUUCUGGAGGCCAUCGAGAACCACAGCCUCACAGACACGGUGCUCAAGAUCACGGACUUCGGCCUCGCUCGCGAGUGGCACAGGACCACCAAAAUGAGCGCAGCGGGGACGUACGCCUGGAUGGCCCCGGAGGUCAUCCGCCUCUCCCUCUUCUCCAAAAGCAGUGAUGUCUGGAGCUUUGGAGUGCUGCUCUGGGAGCUGCUGACGGGCGAGGUCCCCUACCGUGAAAUCGACGCCUUGGCCGUGGCUUAUGGCGUGGCUAUGAACAAGCUGACGCUGCCCAUCCCCUCCACUUGUCCCGAGCCCUUUGCCCGCCUACUGGAGGAAUGCUGGGACCCAGACCCCCACGGGAGGCCAGAUUUCGGCAGCAUCUUGAAGCAGCUUGAAGUCAUCGAACAGUCAGCCCUGUUCCAGAUGCCGCUGGAGUCCUUCCACUCGCUGCAGGAGGACUGGAAGCUGGAGAUUCAGCGCAUGUUCGAUGACCUCCGGACCAAGGAGAAGGAGCUCCGGAGCCGGGAGGAGGAGCUGCUGCGAGCGGCCCAGGAGCAGCGCUUCCAGGAGGAGCAGCUGCGGCGGCGCGAGCAGGAGCUGGCCGAGCGCGAGAUGGACAUUGUGGAGCGCGAGCUGCACCUGCUCAUGCGCCAGCUGAGCCAGGAGAAGCCCCGGGUCCGCAGGCGCAAGGGCAACUUCAAGCGCAGCCGCCUGCUCCGGCUGCGGGAGGGCGGCAGCCACAUCAGCCUGCCCUCGGGCUUCGAGCAUAAGAUCACAGUCCAGGCCUCUCCGACGCUGGACAAGCGGAAAGGGUCGGAUGGGACCAGCCCCCCUGCGAGCCCCAGCAUCAUUCCCCGGCUCAGGGCCAUUCGCCUGACUCCCGUGGACGGUGGGGGCGGCAGCAGCAGCAGCGGCAGCAGCAGUGGCAGCGGGACAUGGGGCCGCGGUGGGCCCCCAAAGAAGGAAGAGCUGGUUGGGGGCAAGAAGAAGGGCCGGACUUGGGGGCCCAGCUCUACUCUGCAGAAGGAGCGGGCUGGCGGGGAAGAGAGGCUCAAGGCGCUGGGAGAAGGAAGCAAACAGUGGUCAUCCAGUGCCCCCAACCUGGGCAAAUCCCCCAAACACACCCCCAUCGCCCCGGGCUUCGCCAGCCUCAACGAGAUGGGUAAGAGAGGGAGGGGCGGCGGGGAGGGGACUGUGCCACCAGGGAUGACACCUCCCCGGCAUUGGGGCAGGGCCGGACCUUCCCUGGAGCAGGCGCCCUCAGCGGACCUGGAGCUGGAGAGCUUCAAGAAGGAUCCCCGCCAGUCGCUCACGCCCACCCACGUCACUGCUGCCCGCGCAGUGAGCCGCGGACACCGGCGAACACCAUCGGAUGGGGCGCUGGGGCAGCGGGGGGCGCCGGCACCUGCUGGCUCUGGCCUGGGCGCUCGAGACCCCCUGGACUUCCCCCGCCUACCAGACCCCCAGGCCUUGUUCCCCACCCGGCGCCGGCCCCCCGAGUUCCCUGGCCGCCCCACCACCCUGACCUUCGCCCCAAGACCCCGACCAGCCGCCAGCCGCCCCCGCCUGGACCCCUGGAAACUGGUCUCUUUUGGUCGGACACUCAGCAUCUCACCGCCCAGCAGGCGGGACACUCCAGAGAGCCCCGGACCCCCCAGCGUGCAACCCACCCUGCUUGACAUGGACAUGGAGGGGCAGAGCCAGGACAGCACAGUGCCCCUGUGUGGGGUCCAUGGUUCCCACUGAGGCCCACCCCCACCGCCCGCCUGGGCAGCCAUGAAUGUAGCGUCCCAGGCCCCGCCCCAGCCCACCAGGCCAUGAGGCAGGGGAGGCCCUGGGCAGGAUACCCUAUUUAUUGGGGGAGGGGGGAUCGCUUAAUUUAUUCCUUUGUACCCAGGGGUGGGGCCCUGUGCCCGCCUUGCAUAGGGGGGUGGGGGUGGGCCGGGUUACUCAGGGACAGGGCAUCAUGGGGGAUUUGGCACAAAAUGAAGCAUUAAAGGUGACCCCUGCC